AUGCAGGUGGGGCUGAUCGACUGGACGGGCGGCUACCUGACGGCCCAGGGCUGCUGCGGCGGCGCCCUCACCGCCCUGGGCGCCUCGCUGGGCAAGAAGCAGACCUGGGAGCUGAAGGUCAUCAGGAAGUGCGGGGAGCAGACGGUGGUGGAACUGUGGGGGCACCAGGGACAAGCUCUCUGGGUGGACCCCGAUGGCGCAGUCUGGUGUGCCCAGCCGGAGAAGCAGGGCCAGUUCCUCCUGGAGGUGCACCCCAGCAGGACAUGGACCCUCCAGCAGGCCCAAAGCGGGAAGUACUUGGAGUCGGACGGAGAAGAUGUCUUCUGCAUCGCCCGGGCCGUGACCUCCCAGCACAUGUGGAUGCCUCAGCUGGCCAUGCACGCCCACGUGGUCCUCUUCAACCCCCACUUGCAACGCUACGCUCGAGCUGAUCCAGAGCUCAGCCGGGUCUGGGUGGACACGCAGGUGCCGUCCCUGGAGGAGUGCAGCUUUAUCCUGAGGUUCAGGGGGGGGCUCUAUCAUUUGGAGACGGCCAACCACAAGUUUGUCUCCAGAUCAGAGAAGCUGGUGCAGAAGCCGUCUGUGGAGACUGCCUUCCACUUGACCCUGAAGCCAGGAGGCCUGGCGGUCCUUGCGGACAGGGAGGGGCGUCUCCUGUAUCCACAUGGAAGUCGGGGGCUCCUCUGCCUCGGAGACAGCCCUGCGAACAAUGAAGAGUGGUUUGUUAUCAGGAGGUGUCCGCAGUGGGUCAGUCUGAGGACAAGGGCCAAACGAUACGUCACGGUCAUAUGCGAUUCAGAUGUGUAUGCGGGGUCCAGGGAGGUGACCCCGAUGUCCAUCUUUCACUUGAAAGUGAACUCCAGGUCCAAAUCUGUGCAGUUAAAAGGCAUCAACCACAGUUACCUGGCUCAGAGAGACGGCAAGCGUGUAUUGGCCAACGGCUGCUGCAGAGAGGCCAAGACCUGCUUCCACAUUCUGUGGCAUUAUGGGAAGAUCUUCCUGAGGGCUUCCAACGGCUGCUUCCUGGGCACUGUCCCAGUCGGGCUGGUGGUGGCCAGAGCCAGGCGCCCAGGGCCCAGUGAGGAGUUUGAGCUGCGGCUGGCCAACCGCUCCUUUCUGUUGCUGCGCGGCUGCUACGGCUACGUGGGGAGUGCCCCCGGCCACGAGGUCCUGCAGUGCAACCUCCUGGAGCCCGACUGCAUCGAACUGUUGCCCUGCAAGCACAGCGUCUACCACCUCCAGACCCACGGCAAGAGCUUUUGGUCGCUGACUUCAGAGAAGACCUUUCAGACUUGGGGGAAGUUUGGCUUGAACUUCUGCUUGGAGGUCCGAGGGAACAACCGUCUGGCCAUCCUGGCCCCCAACGGCUACUAUCUGCGGGGGGACCGGGAAGGCGCCCUCAUGGCCGACAGCACGGAAGUGACCGGCGAGAGCCUCUGGGAGUUCUAGACUGAGGGGGGGGGGGAUGGUGCAGGAAGCUCUUGCUUCGCCCACCUUCAGGUGAGACCAGGAGAUCAGACCCCCCCCCCCCCCGGAGAUGGCUGAUGCAUCUGCCCAGCUCCUUGCCCCAGCUGGGGUCAGUGAACACAGAAGAACUGGCUUCCAACCCGCCCUCCCGCUUCCCCCGAGUUAGAACUGUGCUUUAUAUAGAAUUUCCCCUCUACAACAUUUCUAAAGCUGUAUUUCAACAUUCAAAGCAGUGUAUAAAAAGGAAACUGGCUUUUAAAAGCCCUCCUGAGUCAAA